CAAGUCUGUUUAAUAGCUGGCCUGUUCUGUUUAACAGAUACAGAUAUGCACUUAUUGUACGUCACUUCAGAUAAAAACGUCUGCCAAACAAAUGUAAUGUAAUACAAUACAUAAUAUAAUGCAUUGUUGUACAUAAAAGUUGUUGGAUAAAGGUAUCAGAUAUAACCCACUUGUUUUGGUCGGGGUAGAGGGUGGGAAAUUUAGUGGGCAUCAAGAUAAAAGGUUUAGGACUCCCUGCUCGAUAGUAAAGUAUGUAAAAAUCAAAAUGCUAUUGACGCCAAACCUGGGCCAAAAAAACACACAGGAAAUAUGCUUUAGCUCUGUUAGUAAACUUAGAAACUCCUGUAGAAACUUCCCUGAGGAAUUUCAGUGAAAGGUUAUCAGCCAAAAUGCACAAAAAUCAAGAAUGUUUGUUUUCUGAACACUGUUAAAAUGUUCACAGUACUGGUCAUGUUGGUUUGUGGUGGACAUUGACAGUACUGGUCAUGCUGUUUUGUUGUGGAUAUUGACACUGCUGGUCACGUUGGUUUGUUGUGGAAGCUGACACUACUGGUCAUUUUGGUUUGUGGUGGAAGCAGACACUGCUGGUCAUGUUGGUUUGUUGUGGAGGUUGACACUACUGGUCAUGUUGGUUUGUUGUGGAGGCAGACACUGCUGGUCAUGUCAGUUUGUUGUGGAGGUUGACACUACUGGUCAUGUUGGUUUGUUGUGGAAGCUGACACUGCUGGUCACUACUGGUCAUGUUGGUUUGUGGUGGACAUUGACACUACUGCUCAUGUUGGUGUGUCACCCUUGGUUUGGAUUGCAGGGCGGAAACAUGAACUUCCCCACCACCCUGGAGCUGUCCAUCGGGGACAUCCGCAUGCCGUUCUCCGAUGACAUCAAGUACAGCAUCCUGGGGAUUUCUGUCCUCCUAUUGGCUGUGGCCUUAGGUAUACUGGCGUGGCAGGUGUACCGGUACUGCACACAGAAACCCAGAUGGCUGAAGCAGUGGAACAGCUUGCUGAGCAGAGAGGACGGGUCUACGCAGGAAGCGGUCUACGGUUCGAACGUCCAGAGGCCCGAGGCGAAAUCGAAGCCCCAAGCGGUGGAGAACCUGCUUGAAGACACCUCUAGGCCCAGCCAACACCCAUCCCCUGAAGACUCUGGUGGGGUUGGUGGCCUCCUCACCCCUGAAGACUCUGACAGUGUUACCGGUCCCCCCUCCCCUGAAGACUCUGACAGGUUUAGGGGUCUCCCCUCCCCUGAAAAUUCGGGCGGGGUUGGCGAUCCCCCCUCCCCCUGUUCGCCCCAGGAGGUGGAGCAGCCCCAGGCCCAGGGCUCCCUGUGCUUCUCCCUCCAGUACGACCAGCUCCAGGCCCGGCUGCAGCUGACGGUGCUGGGGGCCCGGGCCCUCGGGGGGAGCGGCUCCAGCGGGAGCAUGGACCCCCUGGUCAGGGUGCGGCUCCUGUGGGCGGGGCCCAAGGACACGCCCACCUCGCCCCCCUUGCACUGCGUGCUGCGGGAGUGGCAGACGCGCGCGGUGACGGACAGCUCUAACCCCGCCUUCGGGGACCAGUUCUCCUGCUCGCUGCCGGAGCGCGACCUCCCGCACGUCACCGUCCGGCUGGAGGUGAGAGACUUCAAUAAGCAUUCCAGGCAUGAAAUUCUGGGAGAAGUUAGAGCUCAUUUGGGCGGCCUGGACCUGUCCUACCCCCUGGAGAUCCAAGAGGACUUACAGCCAGCUAAGAAGGAUCAGGUAGGAGAGGUGCUCCUGUCUCUGAAAUACCUGCCAACCUCUCAGAGGCUGGAGGUGGGACUCCUGAAGGUCAGAACACUCUCACAGUCCCCAAACAAGCACAGAGCUCUGUACGCUCGCACAUCCGUCGUCUGCAACAGGUGCAACCUCCGGCACCAGAAGACGACCCACAAGACCAGGUGGGAGAUGACGGUCUUCAACGAGGUCAUGACCUUUGCCCUGCCCGGCCCCCAAGUCACCGAGUGCUCCAUUGUGGUCUCCGUGUACGAGGUGGGCGGGGGCAAGAGGUCAUCCAAGCGCCUGAUUGGCCAGGCCAGCCUAAAGAAGGGGAAGAGGGCAGAGGAUGAGCACUGGAGCCUGAUGACGCAUUCGCUCCGCCAGCCAAUCGCUAAGUGGCACCUGCUGCUCAUUUGAAGCCUCAGCCAAUGGGAGCACAAGGCAUAACCUGCACUGACUGGGCAGGUCUGGCUCACCUGUGUCCAUUGGGGGACCCAUGCUACUGUGUACUGGUGCAACAGCCAAUCAGAGCACAGCAGCUGCAUUCAGAUUUAAGAAGUGUGCAGGUGUCCACAGCAAAACUGUCUAAACUGGCUGCUGAUUGGUCAGGUGCAGAAUCAUGUCCAAGCCUCAAUAAUUCUGGACACAUUCAUUUUGGCUCUGGUCACUCCCAUUUCUCUUCCUCUCACCACCCAUUGGUAGUCCUGCCUGCCAAUCACCCUACAAGACCAAGGCGGAUUUGCAGUUCUGACACUCACUGCUGCCUGAAGACCGGAUUGGUCAAAACGCAUCGCUGCAAAUUGCAUUGGGGGAGGCAAACUUAGUCCACACCAGGGGGUUAGGAGCAAACAUAGUCCACACCCAUCCUGUCUACACUGUUUCCCUGUUCUACUGCAGUCAUUGAAAACAUGUGUACAAGCACUUCCAUGUUUCAAAUGUAUUUUUUAACAAUGAAGGUUUGGCAUUUUGCCAUUUAUUUUGUCUUCAAAUUCACGGUUUACUUUCAGCAAAACAAAUUCCUUACAGGAAUUAGGACCCCGGUGCCGGAGGGCUGGUGUACAUGCAGGUUUUGGUUUCCACCGAUUACCCUGAUUUAACGAGCUAAUUGGCUGUAUUCACCAACGCUGGUUCACUCAAAGACUAGACCACAGAACUGUCUUUGGUUGUCAUUCACGCUCUUACCAAGAAAUGUAGUUGGAAAUGUCAGAUGGCGUGAAUGUCGGGGCUGAUAAAAUAAAUAAGGCCAGAAGUUGGCAUAAAAACCAGAA